AUUUUGCAUAACUUCACAAAGUACCUCACUAAACCAAAACUUGCAAUAAAUUAGGUUUACCAAGAGGGAAAAUGGGUUGCAACAAAACCACCUCAAUUGCCCUUUUCUUUGUGCUAAACCUUGCAUUCUUCACUCUUUCUAAUGCAUGUGGCUCUUGCCCAACUCCCAAACCAAAGCCGCCGCCGCCACCACCUAAGGGGACGCCAUGCCCUCCCCCGCCUUCGACCCCGAGCAAGGACACUUGCCCUAGGGAUACCCUAAAACUAGGUGUUUGUGCUGACCUACUUGGAGGAUUGAUUGGUGUCACAAUUGGGACUCCUCCAAAGACUCCAUGCUGCACCCUCAUCGAAGGGCUGGCCGAUCUCGAGGCGGCCGUGUGCCUAUGCACUGCACUCAAGGCGAAUGUGUUGGGCAUCAACCUUAAUGUUCCCAUUUCUCUUAGUUUGCUUCUCAAUGUUUGCUCCAAGAAGGUUCCCAAGGGCUUCCAAUGUGCCUAAAUGAUCAAAUUAAAUGCAUAAUUUGAUCAAAUGCACAAUUCAUUUAAAUUUCAUCGGAUUCAUGAUUGUGAAAUCUGAAUGUUGUUUUACUUAAUGUGAUUUAGUUUGCACUCUCCAUUUAUGAAUAACAAGUGUAAGAGAAGUCGUACAAUGCUCUGAUCACUAACUAAGUAAUAUUGGUGAGAAUGAGAUAGUACGUACUUUUUAUGAAUUAUUAGUACCAUUUAAAGCUGUAUUGAUUGAAUUUUCUAUGUCUAAGAAUUGUGAAUUUAUAAUGAUUGUGCUUGGACCUCAAAA